UUCAAUUUUAAGAACAAAAGAUAACAUUAAAACCAUGGCUCCACGACCUCGCAGCGCCCAAGCUCUGGACGACAGACGUUCCCGAGGUACUCGAUCCUACCGCUGCCGAGUCUGUCGGGGAAUCCAUCCGCUACGGAAAUGCAACAGGUUUCUGAGGCUCAGUACUGAAAGGCGGCUACGCGCCGUUAUCAUUAACAAAUACUGCGCUAAUUGCCUGGCACAUCAGCACUCCGAAGAAGUAUGUCGCAGUGGAGACACGUGCAAGAAAUGUGGGCAGGACCACCACACGUUGCUCCAUAUGCGCGAGUCUUCCAGUUCGCGCCGCCAGUCAAUUUCUCCAGUGCGACCUUCGGUAACUGCAUCACGCCCAUCGGCUUCCGGCUCACGCUCUCGGGGUCCAACACCCAGCCCGCGGAAUCGUGCCCAGCAUUCCGACCAGGCCGAAGCGCCAACUGCAGCUCCGUCUGUGGCGUCUCUGUUGCAGCAUCGGAGUGUGCAAAUCAUCCCGACGGCCAUCGUGGUUCUCGACACAGGAACCAAUAAAUACGAGACGGGUGCCCUGAUCGACCCGUGUUCCCCGGUGAGCACCAUUGAUAGAUCGCUCGCUACGGCGUUCCGGCUCCCCACGACAAGCGUCGGAGACGAGACGGUCUGUUCGGCGACGAUAAGGUCACGAACAGGCACCUUCAAAAUCGACGUGGUGCUCAAGGUCAGCCCCAACUUCUCCACUCGCACUCCAAUCCGUGCACUAGCCGACGAUGUUCGCGCUAGGUUUAAUGAUAUCCGUCUUGCUGAUGAACAGUUUCAUCGCCCGGCGACGAUAUCCCUGGUGUUGGGCUCUGACGUCUAUCGUGACGUCAUCCAACCCGGGUUCCUAAAUCUGGAUGAGGGGCUGCCUGUCGUACAAAGCACUGUGUUCGGCUGGAUUGUCUCGGGAUCCUGUAGACAAUCUUAA